ACCAAUGAAGUUCAACUUCCAAAGACGCGCAACAUUUCCUCUUUCCUCCUUUCUGCCUUUGUUGAUUAUUAUUCACAUUUUCUCCUCAAUAUGUUUCUAUAAACUACUAAUAACUGGUUCUGAUCGAUGUGUUUCCUCCAGAGCUCCGUUCUCUGGUGAUCUGACUCCUCUAGAGGACUCAGAUAGAUCACAUUACUGAAGAUAACUGGAGCUAACUGAAGCUAGCUGAGCAUCCUCUCAUUGUUUUGAUUAAAGAACAACUUUAAAGAAGUCCUGCAGCACCAUGACGUCAGCCUCUGCUAAGGUGGGGGAGAUCUUCUCAGCAGCAGGCGCUGCCUUCACUAAGUUGGGAGAGUUGACGAUGCAGCUUCACCCGGUGUCAGACUCCAGCCCAGCAGGAGCCAAAUGGACGGAGACUGAGAUCGAGAUGCUGCGUCUGGCGGUGCGUCGCUUUGGAGACGACCUCAACAACAUCAGCACGGUGAUCAAAGAGCGCACCGUCGCUCAGAUCAAGAGCACGGUGAAGAGGAAGCUGUACGAGGACAGCAGAGUCCCCAUCUCCUCCGAGUCCCCGAAGAAGACCGUGAAGAAGACUGCCGUUGCCAUGGCGCCGGCUCCCGCGCCCGCCGCCCCCGCCAUGAUCGCCGUGCCCACAACACAGGUCGUCGUGGCGACGGGCAUGCAGAACAGCCCCUCUCUGGCCCCUCCCAUCAAGAAGCAGAAGACGGCAGACGUGACUCUCAGCGCUCUGAAUGACUCUGACGUGAACAGCGAUCUGGUGGACAUCGAAGGACUCGGAGACGGUUCCUCCAACAAGAAGCUCAACUUUGACCAAGAGAGCCUGAAUCUGGACUCCAGCCUCAUCAUGAACUCCAGUGACCUCCCCCUCCUGUCCCGCUGACCUUUGACCUCUCAAACACUUUAUUAUUCUGCUCCUGUUACCUGACGGUCGUCUGUCCACAUUUAAAUUAACAUCCGUGUGUUUAUUCUUAAGUUUAAGGUCAAAGUUAAAACCAGAAAUGAUCCAGAUGUGAACAGUUUUAGUUUUAGUUUGUUGUUUUCUGUGUUUCAGUCAGUUUUAGUCUCAGAUCAGAAAACAGGAAACAGAAACAUGUCAGUCAGUUUGUUCAUCCUUUGCUCUUCAUCUUCAUCAUCAUCAUCAUCAUCAUCAUGAAGAAGAGCGUGGAGCUACACAUCAGUGAUGAAGAUGAACCUGGAGAGACGAUGAGCUGAUUGAUCACUCUGAUUAGUUCCUCUGAGCUCUCAGUACUGAUCAGCCUGCAGUUUAUACUUUAAUCUUCCUCCUCCUCCUCUUCUUCUUCUUCAUCCUCCUCUUCUUCAUCCUCCUCCUCUUCCUUGAUUUAAUAAUUGAAUGCCUCAUCAUUAUCAUCAUAAUAAUAAUAAUAAUUGUUACCAGCUUCACGUUUCUCGGCGUUGAUCUUCUGAUUUCUUAAAGAAAUCCGAGGUGAUGUUCUGAAGAUAUUUCCUGAAUCCUCAAAGACUCUUCGAACCGUCUGGAUGACGAAAUGAAAAAGUUUCUCAUCCAGAUGUUUAAAGAGUCUUUGAGGAUUCUGGGAAUAUCUUCAAAACAACAACAAACAUCACCAGGUAUUUAUUUAUUUUAUUUUUUUGUUGAAACAUUGGAAGCUCAGCGCUGUGACCCGGAUGUUACGCUGGUAAAUAUCUGAUAUGUGUGUCCAAAAGAUGUCUGAAACAAUUCUGUGAAUAUUUGGAUUAAUCAUCAUUUGCUGACCAGAAGAGAAGACAUAUGUAGAAAACCAGACUUCUCCUUUAUCUUCGUCAGUGUUCCUGACGGUUGGCGAUCAUGAUGGUAGCGAGGUAGAAAACCUGCUUUUUCACUUGAACAUUUUAUCAAUCAGUGGCUGAGAGAUGUAAAAACACCGUUUUGAUUAUGUCAAUUAAAAACUCUGAAUAGUU